AUGAAACGGAUCGAGUCGCUGAGGUAUGGACCGCCUCCAGCGAUCGCCAAUUCUAUUGAUGGUCCACAUCUUGAUUUAUGUCCGGUUCUUGACUACAUCCUCGACAGCAUGAAUGGGGAUGAAAGGCCCUACUUACGUUUAUCAAUUUAUGGGGUGGAAUUUCUUGGUUUACUUGACUCUGGUGCUUCUCGAACUAUAAUAAAUGGCAAGAGCUGGAAUGUCCUUCAGGGCUUGGGAGUUCAGAUUGAUUCUUCAAGGGUUGUUACAUGCACUGUUGCUAACGGUCAGGUAUGUUCGAGCAUAGGUAGUUGUACAGUACCGAUUGAGGUUGAGGAUCGUGUUGUUGUUAUAAAAGUUCUUAUUAUUCCAGACUUACCAGCAUCAAUGCUCCUUGGAGCUGACUUCUGGAAGGUCCUAGGUAUUGUUCCAGAUUUGAUGAAUAAUGUUUGGCAGUUUGCAGCGGGUUCAGUCGAUGUUGCCUUUUUUGAGACAACUCUAAAUCAAGAUCAGAGAGAACAGUUGGAACAGGUAAUCGAGAAAAAUUUUGCAAUUAUGGGCAAUGGAAUGGGUAAGGUUAAUUUGCUGGAACAUGAGAUAAUUGUAGAGGGACCACCAAUCAAGCAAAGGUAUUAUCCGGUGUCGCCAGUUCUUCAGAAGCAUAUCGACGAUCAACUUAACGAUAUGCUGAAACAAGGCAUAGUUGAAAAAAGCAACAGUCCUUGGUCUUCUCCGAUAAUAAUGAUGAAAAAAAAGGAUGGUGGGUGUAGGUUCUGCGUAGAUUACCAUAAGGUAAAUGCGGUAACCCGUAAGGACAGCUAUCCUCUCCCUUAUAUUUCGAAUACUCUUGAUAGGUUGAAAGACGCUAGGUUCAUAAGUUCGUUGGAUAUGAAAUCAGUAUUUUGGCAAGUUCCUGUGGAGUAA